AUGCCAUCCGACAUAAUCUGGCCCCAGAAGUACCUCCCUGGCACAACCGACAACUUUGUGUCCAACGAGGUCAUUGUCAAAGAUCUCACCUCUGCAGAGGUCUGGCCAUUCCUUGUCGACAUCACCAAAUGGGAAAAGUACUACAACAACGUUUCUCAAAUCACCCCACCGCCUUCCGGAUCCUUCCUCAAAGAAGGUGAUAAAUUCAAGUUUUCCACUUUCGGCUUCCCGCCUCUUCCGGCUGAAGUUCUAGAGUCUGUGACUCCGACAGACAAGUCGCCCGGACGUAUCGCCUGGCGAGCUGGAGAUGAAGAGUCGGCAAUAGAUGUUUAUCAUGCUUGGAUAGUGGAGGACUUGGAAUGGGGUGUUGUACGUGUUCUGACUCAGGAGUCGCAAAUUGGCAAGCCGGCACAGGAACUGGCUGCCAAAAAGCCGAAUCCUAUGUUGCUUGGACAUCAGGACUGGUUGGACGGUUUGAUCAAGUAUGCCAGGGAAAAUAAGUAA